AUGUGGGACCGAAGUACAACCAAAAAAAGACAAAAAAACGCGCUAGCCAAUUGCGCCACGGAGACUUGCUUGAUGAUGGAAGGCAAAAGUUGCGCUACAUAUUUUAAUAAGUCUCCGUGGCGCAAUUGGCUAGCGCGUCUGACUGUUAAUCAGGAGGUUGGAAGUUCAAGCCUUCCCGGGGACGUCUUCUUUUUUGUCUUUUUGCAAUUUUCGUACCCACAAAUACUAGUAGGGUUCGAUUGA